AGAUCCCACUGCACACAAGAAACACGCUACAAGUGACGAUCAGUAAUCAACAAGAGCAGCUGUGAGUGAAAUUCCUUAAUUAUAAACACAAGAGAGUUUGGCGUACACCUUCGGGAUGUGAUUUCACCUGAACAAAAGAGAGCGUUCUGCAGAAUGCAUGUGAUUUCUCAGCACCCAGGACAACGGUAAAACUUGCAUGCAAAUGGGGGACCCAUCUGGAGACUGGACAUCCAACAACUUGGACCAUAACUAUUCCCGGAAAUGCUUACCACCUCGCUCUGCAAAUCUAACAUAUCCAGAAGAAACCACCACUGGAAAUUACUUUCAGCAAUACUCUUGCAGAAUUCUACAGCCAACCAGUUACAAAAUUGUGACUGGUAGCACUCCAUUGUCUAAUGAUUUGAAGCCAGCACAGGAGAAUCACUUGAAUUCAAAAUGUGCACUGCCAACAGGAAAACAAAAAAACAAAAUUGUUCUCUGGACUCCGCCCGGUUCUAGAGUCCAGGUAUUUGUACCUGUAAACAACAUGCAGGAAACCAAUCAUGUGCCAAACAUCUUGCACUGUGUCUCGAGACCGGGCGUGGAAGUGUUUAACUCUAAUAACAGUGUAUGUAUGCAACAACAAUCUACCUCUGUGACAGCUGACCCAAAUAGUUUGCAACAGUUCCCAACAAAAACAAUUGACAAUAAGAGUCUUAAUGACAUGCAAAGAGAUUUGACACAUGCAAAUGCUACUAAUAAUUUGCCACAGCAAGACCCAUCCACAAAAAGGCUGACCUUACCAUCCGAUUAUAGAUAUAACAACCCCACAACUACACCUAAUGGACAGAUUAGUUCCCUCGGUGUACCUGUUUACCAUGGAGUAAGAGCUGAAUACUCGUCUGACAAUGCUCACCUACAAACACCUUCUACAUGUAAACAAAACGUCCAGCAGAACAACGCCACGAAGAAAGCUGUCGCCGUCGUCACACCAUUAUCUCCAGUAGAAAUGGCAUCUGUUAACUUUUCAAACAAAUCCGCUCAUGCGCUUGAUGCAAGAUCUGUGCCGAUACACCAUCUACCUAAUUUUACACAUCCACUGAAGCUCAGUGCUGAUCCGCGGACGAUGAGAGAACCAAAUGAACCAGCAAGCAAGCAGCAACGACCAAAGUCAGCAGAGCCAAGGCUGGGUAGUGAUGUGGUCAAAAGUCCAGUUUGCCUCCUUGAAUCAACCAGCCAACAUAACCACGCAAGCUCGCUGAAGCUUAAUUGUCCAGUCACAGACCAAAAUAAGCCUUCUGAAAUCCAAAAAGAAGUAAGUGAGAAGAUGCCCAAGGAUAAGCAAGCAGUGACUGAUAAGAAAACGAACACGGGAGAAAUGGACAAGUACUCCACAAUCCCUGUAAUUGAAUGGCCGUUGGACAAAUUGCAUACGUUAAUGAAUAUUAUUCAGCAAAUAGAAGAUGUGCACCAGAAAAACGUCAAUAAAAUGGAUUCCAGAAAGGAGAUCCUGAGGCUCUACUGGAACGGGGACGUUUGCAAGUUUCGCAAUGCUGUAAAAAGUGGAAUAUAUCAAAAUGUAAUGGAAGACGUCUACAAUUACUGUCAGGGGAAAGAUAGUGUGAUACUUGGGCAAAUUAAAAACGACACCUGGAACCAAGUUGCCAAGGAAUUUCAUGUUUUGAAACACGACGAAGUGCCACCAAAGAUUGAGUACAAGUCGUCCUGGUUGAAUCUUGACGAGAACCUUGAUGACAUUGACAGGGAAUGUGGUAUUUCUUGGUACUUCCGACAUCUUCACUCAUCCUCCCAAGAACAAGAAAAGGGAAACUCUGCAGGGAAAUUGCAACACGGAUUGCUAGAUGCCCCUGAUAAGCCAUCAAAGCGUCAAUGCUCAACUGAAACUAACUGUCAGAAUCUAGUUCCAGAAGAUGAACAAACAUUCCCGAAGUCAAAGGACAAAACCAUGGACAAUGAGGGUCUUUAUGAACACUUGUCUGUUUCCUCCAAUGAGCAAUUCCUACCUAGUCAAAACACUGCUGCUCAAACAAAUAUGCCAAAUGAUUCUUUAAUCUCUAUAGAGAAUGUUUCAAUGGCUGAAACCUCAUCUGUUAUAUCAGCAGGAGGGCAUUGUUUAGAAGAGGACCUGCAGAAAGUCAAUGCACCACAAGAGAUAACGCUAUCCAAUUCGAAACCACCCCAAGAACUUAACGCAAUACCACGGGAUGAACAGAUAAGCGUGGAGAGGUUUGAAGAGAAGACCAACAAUUCUGCACACACAAUUCAAAACCCCUUACCAGAUGCCUCUCAUAAAUCGCCAAUAACUGGGCAUGAUCGGUUUGCGACGGAAAUUGUGAGCAAAACACCAGCAGAAGUACAAACAUCCAGUAUUCACGAAAACUCACCUGUUUCUAUUAUUGAACAGUCACUUGCUGACACUAACAGACACGUGCCAACGCUUGAUGAUGUGGUUACAGAAGAGACCAGUUGGCAACCAAAUGCUAUAAAUCCUCUGAUGGCCAUAACAAAUUUAGUGAAGACGUUAGACAAUCAAGCUGUUGCGAAAAGUCGCUCAAGUGCUGGAACAUCAGGAAGGGGGCGGCUAUAUGGUGGACGUGCUGUCCAAAGUAAUGAAUUGAUUAGGAUGAGUAACUGUGCAGGUUCACCUAAUGUGAAAGCAAAUGAAUCCCAGGUUAAAAAUUCAACACAUGCAACACAAAGCGCAUUUCGAGAAGGAACUGGACAUCGGGAUGCAAAAGCUGUGAACAAAGUACGGGUAGAAAAACGGAUGCAAUUGGAGUUUGAGAAUAAAAACUCUGACUGUCAAAGCCACUUAUUAACAGAAACGGGAGAUAGAGAAGAUAACCGCUUAUUGAAGCCUGAAAGCGUGGUUACAGGACAAACCAAUUGUCAACCAAAUACUGUAAAUUCACUAGAAGGUUUAGCAAAUGUGUUUAGGACACUGGAAAAAAGUGACAUUUCUUUAAGAAUUUAUGAAAACCAAAUAGGAAAACAAGAAGUUUUGAAAAGAAGUGGAUCUGGAGGCACAAGUCCCAUUUUGACUGAUUUGCUCAUGAAUAGAAGUUCACCGAAGCUCAGUCCUACGGUUGCAGAACAGCGGGCUCAAAUACAAAAUGGAUCUGAUGAAAAACCGACUAACAGUGAUUGUGUGGAUGAGAUGAUUGAUGAGCCAUCAAUUACCGAGCGAGAUUAUUUUGCAAUGGAAAUUGGAAACAAAGUACCAGCAGAACCACAAAUCCCCCCAGAGAAUGUGAAACUUUGUAAGAACUUGCCUGGUUUUGUGCAUGAACAAUCAUUAACAGAGACUAACAGUAACCACUCAAUGAAACGCAAGCGUGUGGAUACAGAACACAGCAGCCAUCAACCACAUAUUGUAAAUCCACUGGCGGCCAUGACAAGAAUAGUAUGUUCAAUAGAUAAACGUGUUGCUUUAGGAAAACCAGGUAUGUCAAAAACUAAGCAUCAACGCUCUGCGAAAAUGUCUGUGUUGACUAAACCAAACAUCCAAAGUGGUCGCACAAACUCAAAACUGAAUCCUGUGGUUGAAGAACAACAGAAGGCUGUGCAGUCACCGCGAAUGCAAAAUGAAUGUUAUGAAAAAAUGGAUAAGAUUAAUGUUCGCCCUCAUAAAGUGGCUAAACUGUGCUUUUCCAGUGAGAUGACGGAAAUUAUGCAUUCGUCAUCACAGGUGAAUUCUGAGCAAUGUGAUAACACUGACAAGCAAUGUGAUUCUUUGUCAUCCUCCAGGUUGUUUCAUGCCACACCCGAACUUUUACAGGAAGAAGACUUCAUGGAAAGUUUUGAAGACGAACCAAAGAAUUCCACUGAUGCGGCACAAAACGCAUCUCUAAAAUUGUAUAAACCAUCAGAAGAUCUUUUGGAGGGAAUGCAUCACUCGGCUGUGUCAGAAACAUCAGGGCUGGAUGGUGGUGUUUGUAAUGGUACUGAUGAUGAAUCAACCAUUGAAAAUAACUUUACAAGCCCACCAAAACUUGAUCCUGUGGAAUUUGUGCCAUCACCUCAAAUGCAAGAUGAAUCCAGUGAAAUGAUUCCUAAUGAUGCCUGUGCGCUUGCAGAAGAACAUGUGACAGAAGUUGCUCUGCAUGUUAAUACAGAAGAACUUGAGGUGGAUGCUUUUGCUUCGAUUAAGAUUAAUGUUCUCCCACAUGAAAUGGCAGAACAAUGGUUUGCUAGCAAGAUGACGGAAGAUAAGGACUUGCAAAAAGACAUUGAUGUACAUACUUCCAGUAAGGACCAGGUAGAUGUUGAAGUCCUGGACCACAGUGAUGACCAAAUAAAAGUUCUGCAUGCUUUUCAGGAAAUAGAAGACAUAAAGCCCAUUGAGAGGAACAAUCUAGGUGAGGUUGAUGAAAAGCUGGAGUCUUAUUGUUGUAUUGCUAAAUGGUUUCAAGCUUUAAAUUAUGGAGAUGGUUCAUUUUGCAUGUGUCAGGUGAAAACAGAGUUGAGUGAACAAAAGCUUGAAAUUAAAGCCAGUGACACAAAUGAAGAAGAUAGUUUCGGCGUCAUCUCUAAAGACCAUGGAUGCAUUGAUUUAAAAGUUGAUCUUUUGACCAAUGAUGAAAAUUCAUCUGAAAGCACAAAAGCAUUAUUAACAUUGCAAGCUGGCACACCAAAUGAUGCUGCUGUGGACAACAUUAAGACUGCGAAGGCCUGUCCAGUUGCUGAAGUGGUGUCAGAAACAUCAGAGCAGAUAAAAUAUGAAUCUCCUUCCAAAUGUGCGACGGAUAAGAUCCCGACGCGUUCUGAGAAAGCGAACCAAUCUCCUGAUGUUAAGAAAGGUUCUGAAACAGUAUGUCUUUCACUGUACGGGUCUUCUAAUCGACGAAAUGGACUAAUACGAAACAAAAGAUAUAAAAACGGUGGAGAAAAACCACCAGAAAACCUUGAAAUAACAAUCAACUCCCAUCAGAAGAAUGACAGAAGAAUGUCAAAGAAGCGCAAAUUGGGCGAAUCGAUGGAAACCGAUGACGUUUUGAAUGUAAGAAAGAAAGAUGUGAGAGUGUCUCCUAAAAGUUCUCCUCGGGUACAUAAAGCAACCCCAAUGAAAGUUUCUGAAGUUACCAAUGAAAAUGCACUUUCCUCAUCUACGUUAACUAGAAAACUGUUUAAUCCACCUCAUAAUUCAAAGAGUUUAUCAAAGAAAAAGCAAAGUUUAGGAACAAGACAAAUAUCCAUGAAUAACUAUGUUAUUAGAAGGAAGAGCAUGUCUCCCAAAUCUUUGCAUUCGUCUGAGCCUGUACUGAAAAGUAAAUUUGAAUUGGGGAACCCUGCUUUGAUGCCAUUACAAGAGGGUUUUGGAUUGGAGUUUAAAGUGUUGCCGUCAUCUUUCAACUUUAAGGAUGGAACUGAACUCACCCACAUUCAAGCAGACGCGUUAUCAAGAGCAAAAAAUGGGAUUUCGUACACGGAAGAUAAAAAAGCUAAAAGGAGGAAAACCAUUCAUGCUCCAGCACAAGGGACUUGGUCUUUAAGCCCUUUGAAAAGCAAGCAGAUCCAGUCCGCAGACGUCUCUAGCUCAUGUAGCCUCUUCCAAGAGUUCAAGAAGAGGUAUCAAGACAAAAAGAAGGAAAUUGUAUCCAGGCAGAACUUGAAUUCUAGUUAAAUUCCUUUACAAAACUUAAAUUUCUAUUAAAGUUUAAACAUUUCUAAAAUGAAGUACAUUCUCAUGUUGUUACUUUCUGUGAAAUGUGAUAAACAUCUAUACUGUACAUAGGCAACAAAUAUGCAAAUGGAACAAUGUGAACAUUGCAGUGCUUUACCUCAAGGAUUGUAUAUAUUUGUAAAUGCAUGCAUUUAUUUACUCACUGAUGAAAACAGCUGCUGGUACCUAAAAAGACGUUGUCUUUUGUAAGAAUGUUAGUUAUAUAUUUUUUUCAAUAUUUGAAAGUUGUUUGCAUUAUUUAAAAGGUGCUCAAACAAUUUAUAUAUUCUGGUGUUUUUAUUCUGAUUUUGCUGUUUCGUAAAAUUUAAAACUUGGUCAUAUAUUUUUGUUCAUUUUUUUACAUGACUUAUUAAAAUAAACCUCUUGGUCUAUAA